AUGGGUAUCUUAGCUUAUCGACAUACACGCGGGAGAUCAGGCAAGCUUGGAAAGCCCUCAAAAGUCACAAAAGCUAUGUGUAAGAAGCUAGUCGAUCCGGCUAGAAAUCCUGUCCGAAAUCAGCCGUACGAAGCGCAGAUUGCCUAUCACAAAAUUCCUUGUAAGAAGCGCCAGUUACAACGCAAGCUUAAAGAGUAUACCAAUAGUACACAUAUUGACCCUUCGGCACAACAAGCUCCUAGGAUACUUAGAGAGCUUGGGACACAGUACGAUGAUGAGAAUAUUAUAGAGAGAGGAGAGAGGAAGGGAGUCAAGUUUUAUGUAGCUGCGUGGGUCACCUGGUUUGAUAAGGCUAAGAAGCUGGAGUUCUAUAAUAACGAAGAAGAGUACGAAGAACAACCCCUAAUGCCUACUAAGCCUCGCCGGCGGCCAACGACUGAAACGCCAGAGGAAUACCAAGCCAGACUUACGGAUUGGGAAGCCCAGAAGCCUCACAAAGUCGACGUUAAGCCGCAGGAGGAUGGGGACCCCUCUCACGGCAUGAGGAAAAGGGGCCUCGCGCAGCAGCUUAAGGAGAAUAAUUGGAUUGUUAACUUAAAGCACCCUGCCCAGAGCCCUGAUCUGAACCCAAUCGAGGCUAUCUGGAACAUAAUUAAGCAGAGGUUACGGCAUAGGAUCUUCCAAUCUGAGGAGGAAAUCAAGGAGGCUUUACAAGAGGAAUGGAGCAAAGUAACAAUAACGGAAGUACGGAAACGAAUUUCCCAGAUGCCUAGGCGAUGCGCGCGCCUUAUUAAUAAUGGUGGAAAGCCUAUUAAGACUGCAUUAUGGUAAUUCAGGUGUAUAUAGUCUCAAUUAACUGAUUUCUGGCCCCC